GUGGGGCGGACGAGGGCAACAGCGAUGGAAGCAUCCGCGGCGACCGCAGUGCGCGGAUCGGGCCUCGCGUUUGAGCUAAGCAUUCCUUUUCCAUCGUCGUCAUUCGCUCGGAUUGCGUUGGGCUCCCUGGCCCCAGACCCUGAGCCUCGCAAAGGAGGGAUCAGCAAGGAGCUGAGUGUGACAGAGGAUGUCUUGCAUGUGCGGUGGAAAGCAGAUGAGGCCCGAAUCCUGCGUGUUUCCAUCAGUUCCUUUCUGGAGCAUCUCUCCUUGGUGGUAGAGACUAUGGACCUGUUUGGACCCCCUGUGGUUUGAUAGAUCGUUGGGCCUAGCGAACUGGAGGCUAUGGGCUUCUCGCUAGCCUUGGUGGGUCUCUAGGAUAGCCUACUAGUUGCUGUUGUCAAAGCAGGCACGAGGCAGUCCGCCCUUGGAUCCAAAAUAAUGUGUGGGACGUGUGCUUCACCCUCCAAUGCUCAGGAACACUAGUAGACCUUGGGUGCCAAGGAGCAGGCAAGGCUGGAACAGCCUAAGUAUAUAGAAUCUGGAGUUCUAAUACAUUAUCCAGUAAACUUUAUACUCUGCACGUGUUCACUAAUCAAAUAUGUCUGAGCCAACUAUCCAUAUUGCUUAAUCAAUUAUAUAUGCAUAAGCAAAAUCUUAAUAAAAGUGCUUUUUGAG